AUGGCUACUCCGAUCGCGUCGACGACCGUGGUGUUCGCAACGCUGCUGCUGGUCGCGGCGUCUGCUGCGGACGCCGACCAUCGCGCCCCGGCACCAGCGCCGGGUCCCGCGCGGUUGCCGGGGGCUCACGGCCCCAGAGGUGCCGGCCUUGCGCCGACGCCGGCGCCUUACGGCCAUCCUGCCUCAGCGCCGGCGCCGGUCCACGCCCACGUUCCAAGGCGGCAUCAUUAUCACCCUCGCCAUCACGCCCCAGCGCCCUCUCCUGCUCAUAGCAGCCAGCCGGCCAGCGCUCCGAGUCCGUACCACCAUGGUGGCCACGACGCUCCGGCACCGGCGCCGGCUUUUGGCAGCCAUGCGGCCAGCGCUCCAAGCCCGUACAGCCACCGCAACCAGAACGCUCCAGCGCCGGCUCCGGCUCAUGGGCAUGGCGCCCAGCCGGCCAGCGCUCCGAGCCCCUACCACCAUGGUGGCCGCGACGCUCCAGCUCCGGCGCCGAUUCACGCCUACCAGCCGGCCAGCGCACCGACUCCUUACAGCCAUGGUGGCCACGGCGCUCCAGCGCCGACGCCGGUUCACGCCAACCAGCCGGCCGGCGCGCCGACUCCGUACAGCCAUGUCGGCAGCCACGCUCCAGCGCCGGCGCCGGUCCACGCCAAGCAGCCGGCAAGAGCUCCAAGCCCGCAGCACCACGGUUCGUCAGUGGCGGCAGAUGCGCCGUCUCCGCACCACGGCGAAGCGACGGCACCGGCUCCGGUCCCAGCCACGGCUCGCGUCGGCGAAGAGGCUCCCCCACCGAGUGAUUUCGCAAGUCAGCCGGCUUCUGAUUCUCCCUACUACUACCCCUCGUACGCGCCCGCCCCGGCGCCGGGAGGUUUUUCUGCCUCCGUCGCCGUCCCCGGUGGAGCAUCGGGGCUGCUCGGUGCGAUUGCCCUGUGCUUCUGCGCGGCCGCGCUUAUUCUUUAG